AGAAAACGUUAACGUCAACAUGCGAAGGUCGGAAAUGAAUGUUUUGCUAAUUUCAACGGAGACAUGUUAAUGGGUGACGUGAGAACGGGACUUUCGGGUGUGGAUGUAAGACUAGGAUAAGUAUGGCCACAGGAGGAGCCCCCAAACCAUGUAAAAACAGCAACAAUGGCCAGAAAUCCACCGUCAAGAUCUUCAUCACAUCGUAUUCCGAUGAGUUUCACUCGGAGAGGGAUGUAAUAAGGAAACAGAUCCUGCCAGAUCUGCGGUCAUGGUGUGAAUCCAAGCAGCUUGCUCUGGUGGAACACUUUGUCAAGUGGGGCUCAAGACACCCCGAGCGGAGGGAUGUGUGCGACCAGGAGAAGAUACAGACCAGCAUCGAGUCCUGUUACUUCCAUAAUGUGAUGCCCCUGUUCCUGAACAUAACCAGUGACUCGCUGGGAUGGGUGCCGAUGUGGGGAGAACACACUGACGAUCAGAUUGAGGAUUUCAUUGCUGCUUAUGGUCUACUGGUAGAGGAUCUAGAGGUGCUGUACGGGGCCUACCGCGAGGACAACCAUAACUCUUUAUUUUUGGUGCGACAAGAUGAAUUCCUGGACAAGGUGCCGGCCACCGAGAUAAAGUAUUUUGUGAGAGACACAGCCGCUUCACAGAAGAUAAAGGCAGCUGGAGAUAAAAUCUCUCAAAAGUUUCCUUCCAGUAGAAUUUCCAAGUAUAAAGUGCAAUACAUAGGAUUGGACCAGAAGAAGAGGCCACGGGUACAGUUAGAGGACUCCUUCACACAGAUGGUAACAGAGUUUUGUAGACGGAAGAUAGCUUACGACUUCCUAGGGGAACAACCCCAGUCUUCUACAAGGGAAGAUACCAAUACCAAAUUGGAACAUCAAUUCUUUAUGAAGAAUAAAGGCGAAUUUGUGAUCGGUAGAUCUGAUGUCAUCCGCAAGAUCGAGGACUAUAUAUUCCGGGACGAGAAGGAUAUGCCACUGCUGAUCUUAGGGGGACAAGGGUAUGGCAAGUCCUCCAUCUUAUGCAAGGCUGCCAAUGUGAUAGAAAAGAAGGUGCAAGACGAACAGCUACUGAGUACAUCAGGACAGAAGUGGCAUGUUUUCUUUCACUUUGUUGGUGCAGCACCAGGGUCUACGUGUCUAGAAGCCAUGCUUAAACGUCUGCUCAGGGAAAUGGAAGUCAUCAAUGACUCUAACAUCCCGCGGGGGAUUGAAUCAACUGCUCAGAUGUGUUGCAGCAUGCUAUCAAACCCCAACACACGGCCAGUGAUCAUCUUCAUAGACGCCCUCAACCAGUUUGCUGAAGAGCAGGCAGCCUUGGUGAUGAGUUGGUUACCUAGGAAACUGGCUCCCCGAGUGCGCUGUGUGUUUUCUACAAUAGAGGACACCCCCCAACACAAGACCUUGGUUACUAGGGAAACCAAGCCUAUUGUACUUGAGAUAAAUCCCCUGGAUAUGGAGUCUCGCAAGAAAAUAGUGACAGACCUGCUGAAGAAAUAUAACCGGUGUCUGAGUUUAAGUCAGCUGGACCGUCUUAUGGCCAAGCAGACGUCAGAAAACCCUCUCUGGCUCACUGUCUCAUGUGAGGAAAUCCGCCUGCUCAACGACCUUUGUGAUGUAGACAGGAAAAUCACAGAGCUACCAGACGGGCUUCUUAGCCUCCUGGAGUACCUGUUAACACGACUGGAGACUGAGGCAGGCGGUCAUCUGGUUGUGGCCACACUCUGUCUGUUGGAGGCCUCCUCAGCGGGACUGCUGGAGUGCGAACUACGACAGAUCCUUGGAAAUGAGGCCACCCUCAUGCCACCUAGUCCCUUUGAUGAAAAAGAGGAGAAGGAAUCGUCCGAGAAGGAAAGUACCAAAAACGUCGGACCUCUUUCAGACAAGAAGUGGGCAAAAGUGUUCUCAACUGUUCAGCCCUUCCUGCGGCCAUACGGGGACAAUCGUGAGGGGCGGCUUGACUUCUACCACCGAGCUCUCAGCAAAGCUGUCAUAAAAAGAUACUUCCAGAAGAGUGACGAGGAGAAGGCCAAUGGUCAAGAGAAAUCAGAUUCCUAUUACUGGUGGCACAAAAAGCUUGCUGACCACUUCCAACACCUGGACAAUGUGGACAGAUAUGUAGAGGAAUAUCCGUGCCAGCUGGUCUGUUUAGAUGACAGUUACCGUCUGGCCCAGUGCCUCUGUGACUGGAGGAUAUUUGAUCAACUGUACCACGAGGAAUUCAGCUCCAGACUGCUGGCAUACUGGCGCAAGGUUGGUACGGCUGCUGAGAUGAUUACUUACUAUGAGAAAGCACUGACACAGUAUGAGGAGGACGACAUGGUCAAUGAGGAGAAUGUUUCUAUACGAUACGAGAAAGUCUGCAGGGUUGUGAUACAGGCAGGUAAAUACCUGGAGGCGUUAGAACUGCUACGGACAGCCAUGAAGAUUGAGGAGAAGGAGCUCGGAGCACGGCCACAUCGCAUGGUGGAGCUGUAUGCUCUCAUGGCCGAGAUAUAUGAUGAGAAACUGAAACUGAAUGACUUUGUGUCACCUAGUCAGCUCCCAGAUCUCAGGAAAACUAUACACUACGGGAGGAAGUCCAUAGCCUUGAGGAAAAAACUUCCCGGCACAUAUCACAAGUUCAAGCUAGGUAUGAGUCUGAUGAAGCUAGCCUUUAAUAUGGAGAGUUGGGAGGCCUGUGGUGGCGGACCAGAACUAACGGGCGAGGCAGCUCUCGCUGAGGGCAAUAAAUAUAUAGACAAGGCACUCAAGAUAUUUGAGGAGCUCAAUGACAUGGGACACUAUGCAGAAGCCCUGAUGACGAAGGGUGUCCUGGCUCGCCGUGGAAGUAUGGAACAGUUAAAACUAUAUAACGAGGCGAUGGAUCUGUGUAUGCAGAUGUAUGGAGAGUACCACAUCCUAACAUCUAGGCUCUACAUUAACAUAGGAAUUGUGUACGAAGAUAAUAAUGACUUCAAAAAAGCCUAUGAGUAUUUCAAAAAGUGGGCACGUGUAAGUGAGGAAAUCCUCGGCCCAGAUCACCCGAAAACGCAGCGCGCAAAAGGUGUGUUACGUGAGAGUCGUUAUCAGAGAAUCGCUCGAACUCUUGGGGAGAAUGAUGAUGAUCAUGAUGAGGAUCGUGAUGAGGAUACAAAUGAAGAUGAAGAAGAAAUGGAAAAUCCAGAUCUUGAACAUUAUUAUGAUGACCAAAUAAGUCAGGGGGGAGGUCAACAGAUACAACUGGACAACAGUUUACUGGAGACUUUGGACCCUGCAGAGGUCAAUACUGAGGAGGCGGCAGAGAAUCAGCGUAAUCUAGGCCACACUCAUCCCAGCAAUGCCCCGAGCAAUGCCCUCCUCGCCUCAGGCAAUAACGCAGACACCAUUGAGCAGCUGAUGAAUGGUUAUUUUGAAGGUGAGGAUGAAAACGGUAGUGGUAGUAAUCACGAAAACUCUGACAAUGAAAAUUUUUACGAUGAUAAUUUUGAGGACUAUGAAGAACAUUAUAUUCUUCAUUCAGACAGUGGCCCUGUUAUAGAGGAGUUCAAUGUUAACCUAGAGGAGGAUGACGAUGAAGAGGAUGAGGAAAUUGUACAAAUUACGGCACGUGACUCGUGUAACAAUGACCUCGAACAGGACAAUCGAUAUGCGGGGGAUAGUCGCGAAGGAAGUGAUGAUGAUUCGUGAAUCCUAUACUCUAACCAUAUUAUUGAAAAUAAAUGUUUGCACAACAGACACCAGCUCGGCAAAGAUCUGCAUCAGUCAAUAGCCUUCUUUGCUUCAUGGUGUGACCAGUGCUGUGUAGAUUCCUAAUCUUGCAAGUUCCAGGCUUUUUGUGGAUCAGGAGCCUCAAUGUGAUUUCAUCUGUUACUGAACUAAAUCCAAGCAUCCUAAAUACUGAAAAAAUAUCAUUGUAAAACUUACCUCCUCAAACCAGCUUGUUCUGUGUGGUCAACAGUUGGCCAUGGUGUUUUGGCACAACCCCCGUGGUGUGUGGCCAACAGUUGGCCAUGGUGUUUUGGUACAACCCCCGUGGUGUGUGGCCAACAGUUGGCCAUGGUGUUUUGGUACAACCCCCGUGGUGAAGUUAUGAUUUAGAUUGCGUCCUUUAUGUCUGCACUUGAGCCUCAUUGUUAAAACCAUUCAAGGCCAACAACUCCUUAAUUAUAAACUAAAAUGUCGUUACCAUUGGAACACAUGUCAUUUAUAUUUGAAAAAUAAUUCUUUUACAAGGAUUCAAAUUAAUGAUGUUUAAUCUGCGUUAACCUAAGGGCUAUUCCAGAAUUAACUGAAGGGGAGGGGUGGGAGGCACUGUUCAGAGACCCGAUCACCUAAAAAUGUUAAAAGUGAUUUAAUAUAAGGAAUGGUAGGCAGAUGUGGAUUUAACCCCACAACCCAUACUAUAUUAAUAGAGGUGCCUCACCUCCUUCAUGUUAUCGAUUAUGGAACAGCCCUCAGUAAUUUUGACUCGUAUUUCAGUCAGCAAAGGAUGAGUGGUACUCUGUUAUGUACAGUAUGCUGGUAUACAUAAUAUUAAAUUGUUAGGGAGUCAAUCUGUAUUUAAAAUAUCCCAUAAAUGAUUGUUCCGACACUUAACAAAGAAACAUAUAUUUAUUGCUGUUCCUUUUACAUUUGUCCGAGGUUAUUAUUUUUUUCGAUGCCUCCACCUGGGACCUCUGCUGUACUUACGGUCUAUCAAAUGAGUUAUACAGAAAUUCUCUCUCGCCGAGUCAGUAGAAAGCAGCUAAUAUGUUGUACUAGGAUGACAAACACGUUCAAAUUCUCAUGAAAAAGUGUCUGGGAAUGCUGUUGUAAAAAUAAAUAUCACCAAUAUUAAACAAUGGUAUAUUUUGAUCAAAUUAUGAAAGUUACAACAACAGUUAAUCGAGUCGCAGAGGUGACAUUUUUAAAAUAACAGACAAAACCAACAGCUAAUCUUUAACCAAAUUGAUUAAAUGAGGAGAUUUAUAAAAUGUGUAACUUGUUAAAUUUUAAUGGACAUGUUUGUGGAAUUGGUUCUUUAUAAUCAUCACUAUUGAAGGUCAAUGAAGGAUAUCAUAUGCUACCAAACCCUGUAUUGACAUUCUAUCUUUAUAGUCAUCACUAUUGAAGGUCAAUGAAGGAUAUCAUAUGCUACCAAACCCUGUAUUGACAUUCUAUCUUUCAAAUUGAGACUAACGUGCACAUCAUACCGACUAAGAAGUGUUAUUAUGUGCACUUGUUUUGUCAGACAAAUUGAACAUUUUGAAAUUUACAAACAUUUUACAAUUAAUACAGAAAUUAUUUUGUAUUUGAUAAUUUUAACUAACAGUUUAUAUUAUGUUGAUUUUUUUUUUGAAUUGAAUUUCCAGAGUAUUAUGGUUGAUUGUUCUCUCAGGACAGUAAGAAUAAAUUAUAAUUUAUACUUUAACAUUUACUUACAGAUCAUUGUACAAAUAUUUAUUUUUAGUUGUCAUGGUAUGUAUCUCUCAUUAGCAUACUUCAUGGGUUUAUGAUGUAUUUCUACAUCAGCAUUUUGAGAAAGUCAAGAGGGAUUCAUUAUUAUGCCAAAAUGUCUUCCAAAGGAUCGGGUACUGGUUGUUAGCUCACCUGGUCCAAAGGAGGGGGUACUGGUUGUCUGAACAGUUAUAAUUAUUACACAUGGACAGGAACAGGUUUAUUGCUGGUGAUGUUACAGUUAAAAGGUACAAGAUUUUAUAACUACUCUUUUUUUGGACCAACUUAGAUUUUCUUAUUUUUUCCAGAACCGCCAUACACUAACAUAAAUAUGUUUGCAGAACUGCUAACACUUAAAGGUUUUCAUGUUACAAUCACAAAUCGGAAUACUAUGAAAAUAUUUGAAAACAGCUUUAUUACCUACAUGUAGAGAAGUCCACAGGCAGUAUUUCCUGGUGUAUGAAGUACUGUAAUAAGAAUCUGUCCUGAUAUUUUUGUAAAGUCACAAGUCUUCCUUUCAUAAAUUUUACUAUUGGAGCAUCAUUGCUUUUAUACAUAAGAAGAAAAAUACAUACUUACAAUCCUACCGAAAAAUAAAAUAACCUGUCUAUCUGUUUAAUUCAGUUGCAGUAUUUACCUCCAGGAAAAGGAAAGAGAAGCACUACUAUGAAAUAGGAAACAUUUUAUCUAAUUUAACCUCCCCCUUGUCUAAUUUAACCUUCCCCUUAUCUUAUUUAACCUCCCCCUUGAUUUAGUGAAGGAGCAUCCUUGAAAAUUCCAGAGAAAUGCUCUCUUACAUUCUCUGAACCCCUGGAAUUUGUAAUGAAAAUUGAAGGCUCUGUAAGCGCCUCCGUGUGGAUGAUACGAGUAAACCAGUUUAAGCCUUUGAUGUACAUCAAAAAGAAUUGUUAGCAUAAUGAUAAACUUCCUGGCUUUGAUGUCAGAUGUUGGUUGGUUGGUUGAGUUGUUUAUUGUCUACACUUCACUGACGAAGUCGAUGUUUGGUCGACGUGAGAGGGUAAGUGGGCGCUUACCAGGCCCUCCUUAGUGUAGUCCCCACUGCCCUCCUAUGAUGUCGUAUGUUGCUGCUCUGUAACCUUCAAAGGCUAGGUAUCAGCCUAGCAAUUGGUCAGAAUGUUUUUCACCCGAAACCAAUCAAAAUGCUGUGUGCUUUCCAUUUUGUCAUACCAUAUUCUAGGGUCAUUGGUCAAAGCUAAAGGGUCAAAGAUCACAAACCACUUAACAGGUAAGUUUCUUCACACCAUAGGAUGGUAGCAAAGAGUUUUACCUCUGGUUAAGUUGUGGUGGUUAUAGGUCAAAAUUGUUAGGGGUCAAAGGUCACCAACCACUCAACAGAUUAGUUUCUUUACACCAAAGUGUGGUAGCAAAGAGUUUUACCUCCGGUUAAGUUGUGGUGGUCAUAGGUCAAGGUUAAAGGGUCAAGUUUCCACUUGUGAAGUAAAAGCUUGUAUACAAGAUAUCUGGAGAAACAGAUUUAUCGCCAGUGUAUAUUAUACUUCAGUGUGGCAACACCAAGUUCUGCACCUUACUUUAUAUCAUACUUCAGUGUGGCAACACCAAGUUCUGCACCUUACUUUAUUCUUGCAAUAAUCGGUCAAUGUUAAAGGGUCACACUUUACCAUACAUGGGUAUGUGAGCCACCGUUCACUUUGUCUUGAUAUAACCAGAGACAGAUACUGCCUUUGAUCAGUAUCUCUGUAAGCUAUCUCAUUUCUAAAUGGACCUUACACACACACUAAAUUUAGUCCUAGCAAUGAACAAAUUUCAGUUUCCACAAAGCCAUUGAAUGACCACACGAGUGAUUAAGUUGAGAACAGAUUCAUGUAGCACAACCAAUGAGUGUUUAUAAGUGACGUUUCAAUGUCUAGUACGGUAUGUACUCUGUCACCUUCUGAAUGAGAGACUAAGUAUUUUUGACUUGGGGUUCUGUUGACAGUUUUUACAUUAAACCAAGUUCUCUGCUUGCUGAUAUUGUUACCGCUUAAGCAAUAUUGUCAUUUUCCAUAUGUUACAUGAUCAGGCCAAUACUUAUUACUGAUGUAGUUGAUAAUGUCUCCACUCGUAAAAGCUGUCUAUGUACAACUAAAGGGGAUGUCCUUUUUAUAUUUUCGUAUGAAUAUAACAGAAUAUUUGUCGUACACAAUGCUCGUAUUAUAUCCCCCUCCCUAAUUACGUCGGGGGGAAUGUUGUCAUUAUUUUCCAGUGCAUCUGUAACCAGUCCAUUGUCAGUCUGUAGAAAAAAACCUGCACAUAAGAUAUCUCACGAACUCUUCAGCAGAUUUAGUUUAUAUCUACACCAUACUAUUGUAACAUCAUCUUCUACACAUGAUAAGAUCUUGAGUAGACAUAGGUCAAGGUUAAAAGGUCAAAGGUACCCCUUGACCAUUUAAGGGAUGGGAGGGGGAUGUUAUAUCUAAAUGAACCCAGACAAACUUUGUUUUGUUGCUUAAGAAGUACUGAUAUUAAAAAACAUUUUUUUUGCUUCAGGUAACAUAAUUAAGAGAUGAUGUUGGUAUGAGCCAUGUUCAUUGUCUACCAAACUGUCCCAUUCUGAUAGACUAGGGUUUAUGUAGCAUGAUACGUGGAGUUAUUUAUUACAAUAUUAGUGGGACUUCAGGAUCAGACUUGAUUCUAUAUGCCCGUUUGUGUAGUACUCUGUGAACAAAACAUAUUCUCUAUAACAUUAUAUCCAUGUUAUUGAAUAACAAGGACAGCAAUGAAGUGUUAAAACUGUGUUUUUACUUUCUAUUACCGGUGUUACUUCCACAGUGCUUACAACAACACAUCCAAUUAAUGUAAUACUGUACUAUUUGAUGUUUUUAGGACCUAAUAUUUUUCAAUGAUGAAGUAUGCAUGAAGUAAACUGUGAAAGAACAGAGGAACCUAUUUCCUGGCUGUAUCAAUAACCGAGCAGGGGAACCUAUUUCCUGGCUGUAUCAAUAGCUGAGCAGGGGAACCUAUUUCCUGGCUGUAUCAAUAACCGAGCAGGGGAACCUAUGUCCUGGCUGUAUCAAUAACGGAGCAGGGGAACCUAUUUCCUGGUUGUAUCAAUAGCUGAGCAGGGGAACCUAUUUCCUGGCUGUAUCAAUAACCGAGCAGCUGUAUCAAUAGCUGAGCAGGGGAACCUAUUUCCUGGCUGUAUCAAUAACUGAGCAGGGGAACCUAUUUCCUGGCUGUAUCAAUAGCUGAGCAGAGGAACCUAUUUCCUGGCUGUAUCAAUAGCUGAGCAGGGGA